AUGAUCUCGACCCUAUCCUCGGAGAGCCCUUCGAAGCCGCCCGAGGCCGCUGUCCCUAACAUCAAGGAGCCUAACCUCUCAGUAGAAAACUUGGCCGCCUUGCAAGAGGAUAUCCACAGAAUGGAGAACCCGAACUUUGCAGUCCAAAAGCAAAAGGUCCGAGAAAUGUUCGAACGCGGCGUUCCCUUUUUCACACGGUCGGCCAUGGAGCAGCUUAAGCACCAGAUCGAUUCUAUCAAAUCGAUGACCGAGAAUGGCGAAUCGACAGAUGGCCAAAAAUUCGUGUUCUCGUCAGUCACUGGGCAGAGAGUUGAACGUGCAGUCUUGAAAGGCCUGACACGGUCGAGGCACUUCGGUCAGGAGAAAGUGCUAUACUCCGACCAGGCUCUUUGCCCGCUCCAGAUAUGCUACGGCGGCCAAAGUGAGCUGGAACAAUUCAGAAGCCUCGAGGGCACACGCGAUGCCCUCCAUGCCAGCUUGAAAUUGUGGCAAACUAGCGAAGACUGCGUGAGAUUAAAAUCUUGCUUGUCAACCGCCUCGUUACCUGGCAUCACGAAAAUCAUCGCAUUCGCAUGCUCAUCUAUCGCACGGGACGUCGACCACACGCGACAUCGCAGCGCCACGCAACACGCUUUAUUGCUCACGCUCCGGGAUAUUCUGCAAGCUGCUCAACCUGGAAUAGAGAUUAAGUGCAUCGCUCAAGAUCCGAUAUACACUGACGUCGAUAAGGUGGUUCUUUCAGAACACGGAGUUGAGGUCCUCUACGAUCCUGAAGGCUUUAUAGAAGUGGACGACCAAAGCGUCGUCCUGUCGUUCUCUCCAAAUGUUCCAGUCAGACAGAUCAUUACAGACCUUGCUCGGCCGGUCAUUCUGGCCUGGGACACGGUCCUCACAGAAGAACAGACAAUAAAUCGCUGGGCGAGGGUACACGACCCGCCCAAGACGGCCGCCACCGCAGAAGAUUUGGAGGCAUGUUUGUGCGAUCCUGAAUCGUCCAGGGUGCGAGCGAUGAUUCGGGAAGAGUACGUCGAUGUACACAGGCUGGAUGACAAGGGAUUUGGUGACGCCAGUAUUUACAUCAGAGAUGAUGAGAAGAGGAGGUGA